AUGUCAAAGAAUUCACGUUCAUCUUCUACAGCAGUUAAUUCAUCUCAACGAAAUUUACAUAAUCCUCUUAUGAGAACUCCUGUUUCAGAUGUCUCUAACAGAUCUCCUCUUUCAGAUAUCACAAAUGGUCCUCUUACGAGAACUCCUGUUUCAUAUAUCUCUAACAGAACUCCUCUUUCAGAUAGCACAAAUUUUACUCUACCAAAUGAAAGGCGUAAGCUUCAAAAAUUAACACUUGAUAAUAAGAAAUUGUUAAAUGCAUCGUCAUCAUCAACAAAUGUUCGUAACAUCUUUUCUGACAAUGCAAAUAUGGUUGAAUGUUCUGAUUCUAUGGAUCAACAUAUGUACUCCAUUGCGUGUCGAGCAGUUAGAAAUGCUACUGGUUCUUUAAUUUCAACUACACCAUGUACACCAGCAGAUAGCAACCGUCGAUAUUCCAUUACUUCUAGCAUUAUUAGCAGUAACAAUCAGUCGAUAUUGGGUAGUAACUCUACGCUUACACGGCUGUCUUCUGGUAAACGUAACCUUGAGUGUAAGAAGCGUGAUAAUACUCCUGUACCUAUGCUCUGUUUGGAUUCCGAUCAAGAAAAUGUGUUUUUUUGCACUGAUGAAGAUCCUUAUAAAGGGAUAUCUAAAGAUUAUUUGGACCAUGGUGACCAAGUGCUUACAUGUCAGCUUUGUAGUGCAAAGUUAUGGGCAUCGGAAGGUGGAAAAGGUCGUUUAACUUUAAAUAAGCUAUGUUAUGGUAUGUGUUGUGGGUAUGGUAAAGUUCAGCUACCGCCUUUAAAGGAUGCACAUCCGUCUUAUCAAAAUUUGUUUUCUUCCUCAAAUCCAAAAAGCAAGUUCUUCCUGAAGAACAUAAGUCGAUACAACUCUAUGUUCUCUUUUACAUCUAUGGGUGGAAAGCUUGAUUCUAAUAUCAACAAGGGCAAUGCUCCAUUUAUAUAUCGUAUUAGUGGCCAAAACUAUCAUUGCAUGGGGAGUCUCAAACCUCCAGCUGGAAAUGAAGCUAGGUUUUGUCAGCUAUACAUACAUGAUACUGAAAAUGAAAUAACAAACAGACAGGCAUUAUUCAGCAAAAGAACCAAACCUUCAUCGCCUGCUGAUAAAGAACUUGAUGUUGAAAUGAUAAAGUAUUUGAGGGCUUUAUUAGAUUCACAAAAUAUGUUGGUUAAGACAUAUAGGAUGGUCAGAAACCAUUUUCACCAAUCUCCAGAUGCCAACCUUAGUCUUCGACUAAUUUAUAGAAGAGAAAAAGACGGCAGGACAUAUAACUUACCCACCACAUCUGAAGUUGCUGCUUUGGUUGUCGGAGACAUAGAUAAAGCUAUAGACCAUCAUGAUAUUGUUGUCCAGACGCAGUCGGGAAUGUUGCAGCGUAUUAGCGAAUUACACCCAUCGUAUCUUGCUCUUCAAUAUCCGUUACUUUUUCCAUAUGGUGAUGAUGGUUAUAGAGUUGAUAUUCCUCAUAGAGAUUUUAUGUCCACACAAAAGAAAAUAAAACCAAAGUGCACAAUGAGAGAAUUUUUUUCAUAUAGAAUCCAAGAUAGAACUUAUGGCUUUUACUUAAUUUUAAAUGGGCGAAGGUUGUUACAACAGUUUUUGGUUGAUGCGUACACAAUGAUUGAGAGCGAAAGAUUAAAUUACAUUCGUAGGCAACAAGCGAACCUUCGCUCUGAAACAUUUGAGAAUCUUCAAAUGUAUAAAUCUAAAGGUAAGGAAGUUUUAACAGAUACUAGAAAGCCUGUUAUACUUCCUUCUUCAUUUACUGGUGGUGCAAGAUUCAUGCAACAAAAUUACCUCGAUGCAAUGGCCUUAUGUAAGUGGUAUGGGUACCCUGAUUUCUUCAUAACUAUAACAUGUAAUCCUAAGUGGCCUGAAGUAAAAAGAUUUCUAAAAGAUUCAACCAUCAAAGCCGAAGACAGGCCUGACAUAUUGUGUCGAUUGUUUAAAAGGAAGCUUGAUUCCUUAAUUAAAGAUUUUAAGGAUUCCAAGUAUUUUGGUGAGAUUAACGCUGUUGUUUAUAGAGUAGAAUUUCAAAAGCGUGGUCUUCCUCAUGCACAUAUAUGCUUAUUCAUGAAGGUCGAUCACAAACUUCCAACCAUAGAUCAUAUAGAUCCAUUUAUUUCUGCUGAGAUUCCCGAUAAAAAAGAAGAUCCUGAACUUUAUUCUCUUGGGACUAAUUAUAUGAUUCAUGGUCCGUGUGGGAAUGCUAAUUUGAAUUGUCCUUGCAUGGUUGAUAAAAGAUGUUCAAAAAACUUUCCGAAGAAAUUCACACCACAUACAACUAUUGAUUCAAAUGGUUUUCCUGUAUACAGAAGAAGAGAUUCAGGUCAUACAGUUAUAAAAUCUGGUGUUAGAUUAGACAACAGAAAUGUUGUUCCUUAUAACAAAAGGCUUUUCAAAAGAUAUCAAGCACACAUUAAUGUUGAAUGGUGUGAUCAAGCCGGUUCAGUGAAAUAUUUGUUCAAGUACAUCAACAAAGGUCUUGAUAUGGCUACUGCGGUAGUUUCUGGUGAUACAAGUUCAACCAUCAAAGAAAAGCCAAAAGACGAGAUCAAGGAGUAUUAUGAUUGUAGAUAUAUUUCAGCUUGUGAGGCAUCCUGGAGAAUAUUCUCUAAUGAGGUUCACUAUAGGUAUCCUGCUGUUAUGAGGCUUCCCUUUCAUUUGCCCGGCCAACAUAAUGUUGUGUAUGGUGCUGAUGACGAUAUUGACAAUGUUUUAAGCAAGCCUUCUGUUGCUUCUUCAAUAUUUAUGCAAUGGAUGAAGUUGAACGAGACAAAUAAAGAUGCUAGAAAGCUGACUUAUGUUGAGUUUCCUUCCAAAUUUGUUUGGAUACUUAAAGAUAGAUGUUGGCAGGUACGUAAGUUGUACCAGUGUGUUGGCCGGAUUCAUUCUGUAUCUCCUGCUUUGGGCGAACCUUAUUUUUUGAGGAUACUACUGAAUAAAGUUAAAGGACCUAGAUCAUUUGAGGAGAUACGUACAGUUAACGGUCAAUUAUUCCCGACUUUUAGAGAUGCUUGCUAUGCGAUGGGACUUUUAGAUGAUGACAAUGAAUACAUUGAGGCCAUUAAAGAAGCAAGUUUUGAAGGACAUGCUGGACGUCAAAAAGAAACAAAUAUUUCAGUGCUUCCUGAACAUCAGAUUAAGAACCUUACUUUGUUGAAAAUUGAAAACUAUUUAAUUUCCAAUGGUUCAUCAUUACGAAGGUUUGCCACUAUGCCGUACCCUGAUGACGAUUCCUUACGUGAUGCUUCUAAUCGUCUGAUCAAUGAAGAGCUGUCACAUGACCUAGAUGAAGUACAAGCUGAGUUUAACAGGUUGCAUCAAUCUCUUACAGAUGAACAACAAGCGGUUUUUGAUGAAAUAAUGGAAGAAGUUAUAGGGCGUAAAGGAGGCCUUUUUUGUCUAUGGUUAUGGUGGAACUGGAAAAACCUUUUUAUGGAAGACUUUGGCUUCAGCUGUUCGAUACAGAAAUGGAAUAGUUUUAAAUGUGGCUUCAAGUGGUAUUGCUUCGUUAUUACUUUCCCGUGGAAGGACAGCCCAUUCUCGGUUCCAUAUUCCCAUUAA